GAGAUCGUAAAUUUUUUUUACUUUCGCGCAUGCCCAAAAGUUUGUUGCACGAGUGUUGUGGGAAAUGGCGCGUUGGCCUAAGUUGCUUUGAUUAACCCCUGGCAAUUUUUUCAAUUUUUAUCGACGUUGAUCAAGAGAAUCAGCAACUCAAGAUGCCGCAGUUAGGGAAGAGCAGCAAAAUGCUGCAGCAUAUUAAUUACAGAAUGAGAUGCACGUUGCAAGAUGGUCGAGUAUUUAUUGGGACUUUUCUUGCCUUCGACAAGCACAUGAACCUCAUUCUUGGAGAUACAGAUGAAUUUCGCAGAGUUAAGCCUAAAAACAAAGGCCAGGAGAGAGAAGAGAAACGUGUCCUGGGAUUGGUGCUACUCAGGGGAGAGCAUCUUGUUUCUUUGACAGUAGAAGCCCCUCCCGCCAAACAGGAAAGAUCAAAGGUACCAGCAGCCAGUGCUGCCCCAGGGCCAGGUGUCGGUAGAGCUGCUGGAAGGGGUGUCUCUUCAACAAGCAUGGGCGCACCUGCAGGAUUGUCUGGACCAGUUCGGGGUGUAGGUGGACCUUCUCAGCAAGUCAUGACUCCUCAAGUUGCUGCAGCAACCAAGGGUGCUACAACAGCUGCUGCACCUAAACAAUAUACACCAGGAUCUGGACCACCAGGCCCAGGAGCCCCUGGCGGUGGGCCACCAGGAAGUGGCCCACCUGGAGGGCCACCAGGAUCCAGACCCCCUGGCCCAGGUGGACCUGUGGGUCCAGGAGGUAGAGGUGGACCACCAAUGGGCAUGCCUCCACCAGGAAUGCCUCCUCCUGGUAUGCCAAUGGGCAUGAUGGGAAGGGGUAUGCCACCACCUGGAAUGCCACCUCCAGGGAUGCCUCCUCCUGGAAUGCCACCACCAGGUGCAAGGCCUGGAAUGGGACCACCUGGAAUGCAGCCACCACCCAGGCAAUGAACUGAUUAGCAAAUGAACUGAAACAUUCUGUAGCUGAUGAAGGGAACAAGAACAAUAUUUCUGUUGCUCUUGGUAAAGUUAUGCAUACCAGAUGUUGCUUUAUUCUGUGAUGAAAGUGCCACCUUCUGGAUUUAUAAAAGUGAGGAGAACAUGGCGGAAGUGUAUAUAUUCUGUGUUUGUGCAUGGAAAGACCCUUUGAACUUGUAUUUCUUGUUAAUAUGACAUAUCUAUGAAAUAAAUACGAGGGCUGUUUAUUUGAGGCUCUUCUUGAGUUGUAGUAAUCCACAGUUAACGUGAAAAGAGUUUCCCAGAAAUUGUUUGUUAAAAGAAUGGAGUCAACUAACUUGUCAUGAUAUCAGAAACCAUUGAAAGCAAAUUGAGCCUCAGUUCAAUCUGAACGGAACGGAAGUGUAAGGUUUUAUGAAAACGUAUCAUGAACUUGUCUCCAAAUUUUAGUUUUUUUUGUCACAUACCACCUCAAUCAUAUAGGUCGUACCUAGCUAAUUAGGACAUGUUUGUCUAGUUGAUCUGAUAAAUGUUUUAUGUGACCAAAUGAUAAUGCGUUGAGAGAAUGAAAGAAUUGCUAGUGUUAUGAACACUAUUGAGUUUUAUGAGGGUUUUUUGCCUUUUUAUUAAUUUUUGUCUUUUUAUUCUUUUUUGUUUGUGUAACCGCCAAGAUCUUGCUUCACAUAGCAAUUUUAUAUUUGAUAUCCGUUUAUUAAAAUGAUGUUGUUGUGUCUGUAUUUAAUUAUUCAGGUGCAUUCAAUUAUUUCUAAAUGAUUUAGAAAAAACAAA